AUGUCCCGCAAAGGCGUCGGCCUCGCGGCCUUUGACCGUUCCCGCCUUACCUCGGCGCAAUACGCCUCCCAUGGCUCCAACUUGCGCAGCACCAAUGCGCAAGCCCUUGAGACCCAACUCUCCGUCUUCCGCUCCCUCCUGCAGCAGUUUGCGCAGACCCACGCAAAGGACAUCCGCUCGAACCCGUCCUUCCGCGCCCAGUUCGCCCGUAUGUGCUCCGCCAUCGGUGUCGACCCGCUCGCGUCCUCAUCCUCGUCCUCGGGUGGCGGCGGCUCGUCCUCGAUCUGGGCGCAGCUACUGGGCCGGUCGGUUAACGACUUUUACUUUGAGCUGGCGGUACGCGUGGUGGAAGUGUGCGGUGCAACGCGCGACGAGAAUGGGGGGCUGAUUGGUGUCCGCGAGGUGAGGGAGCGAAUCAUGAAGGGGCGCAUGGAGGGUGCAAGUGAGGUGACGGAGGACGAUGUGCUGAGGGCUGUUGGUACACUGAAGCCGCUGGGCAGCUCGCACAGUGUCAUCAAGGUCGGCAGCAAGUCAUAUAUCCGGAGCGUCCCCAAGGAACUCAAUACCGAUCAGAGUGCCGUGCUGGAGGCUGUACAGGUGUUGGGAUACGUGAGCAUUUCAAUGCUGAUGGUCAAUCUUCGAUGGCCGAGAGCGCGGGCCCAGACUGCACUAGAGGACCUUCUCGGCGAGGGUAUGUUGUGGGUUGAUAAGCAGUGUCCGGAAUGGGAGUAUUGGAGCCCCGGAUUCAUGGUGGACACUGGUGAGUCGGCCGGAGAAUGA